AAGAAGUUCAUGGUUACGUUAAGAAAAUGCACAGUUUGAUAAGUCUGAAGUACGAUGCUACAACUCAAUGGGAAGACUUCCUAAAAGGAUUUUGUUGUGCUAUUAAAUCUUGGUUUAAAAUGUGGAUUAAGGCAGUCUUUUUCUCUCUUUUAAAACACAGGUUAUUGUUCCACUAUGAAGUAAUGUUUAAUUACUUGAAAUCUGGUUUUCUGGUUUCUCAAGAUAGGGGGAAUUACCCAUUUCUCUCUCAUUCAGCAAAUUCAAAGGUUUUAGUUUUACCACAAAGCAAUGGCAAUAAAAGCUGGAUAAUGCUGUCUCAAGAUGGUUCUCCUCUGUUAUUCAGCAAAUACAAUGGUGCAACACAUUUGAAUAUGUUGUAGUGUCAUUUAACAAAGGAUGAGUUGAGAUGUGCUUCCAACCCUCUUAGAUUGGGAGAGUUUAUCACACGAAAAAGAUGGCAUGCUGUUCAGAUGCACUCCUACUACAUGGAAAUCUCUACUUCAGAUGAAAGAGGACAGCAUUGAUGAUGCUAUGAAGAAAGAAGCAAUUUAAUCCAACUUUGAUACACUCAGCACAAUUCUUACUCAUUGUUAUAUUAUAUACACUACUAUCUAAAAUUGUUCAUUGUUCAUACAUAAAUCAAAUUCUUAUUAGUCAUUUAACUGAAGUUUCACAAUAAAACAUUUCAGAUGUAUAAUAAUGGUUAUCCCAACAGGGAUAUACCAGAGGUGCAUGCAGCACCUCCUCCUCCACCACGCUUGCGAGAUUCAGAUGCAUGGAGUGGGGGAAGAGGUGGUAUGGUUCAUGAAGUGAACCAGAUGCAGUCUACUUUACAACAUUCUUCACAUGCUGUAGGACAAGUUUAUCCACAAGGGAGAUCUCUCUCUAGUUAUAAUUCAGGUGCAGCUCAUAGUGGUUACACUUCUCAGGGACUUGGUGUUGGUCUCACUACUGGGUAUGGAUCAACUUCUUCAUAUGGCUCAACCAAUGCCUAUGCCUCAACCACUGGGUAUUUGUCCAACUCAGGAUAUGACUCUUCUAAUGCACCUGCUAGAUAUGAGGCAAGUGGCUCUACUAUGUCCAUGUCAAAUUAUAUGGAGCGUCUAAGAACACCACCACCUCCCAUGCUUAGUGAUGCAAUGGGACGCUCUAAGGAUGAAUCAAGAAGAAUCUAUGAAUCUAAUCCUGUUUCUACUUAUCCUGCAUAUCAGAGAUUUGAAAAUGGAAGCAGAGGCUAUUCACAGGAACCAAGUGUUAAUGAAAGACGGCAAAUUGAACCACCUCAAAUUGUGACACCCCCAGAGCGCCUAAUUAAGUCAAGGAUCAAGCUGCCAGAGAAGGUUUUUGCUUGUAAUUGUACAGUGAAGAUCUAUGACAGAGGUCUUCAAUGUGGUGUUGUUGUUCUGAAAGGAUCUGGUGGAAUAACAGCUAAUUGCUUCUUCAGCAGUGAUGGCGUUCUUGUUCAUCAUUCAGACAGUUUAAGUUCACAGCUCAGGCCUGGGACAGACAUGAUGGUGCAUGGAGCACUACAGGACGGAGACCAUGAUAUCCCCUAUUGUGCGUCCUACCUUUGGUUUCUGGACGCCAAGAAUAACAAAACAAUGGAUGAACAGUACUUCUAUCCAACUCCAGAAUCUAUUCAGCAGUACAGGGAUAAAGUUGACAGGAUCAACCUGCUGAUACAAGGAGUUGACACAGAGAAUAUAUUCUCAAGAGUACCUAAUCUACCUGCCCCUACUCCUACUAGAGUACCAAGCCUACCUGCCCCUACUCCUACUAGGUUACCUAGUCUACCAGCCCCUACUCCUACUAGAGAUGUAUCUUAUUCAUCGAUCAAACAACGAGGAGAUUCUGAUCUAGAAAGCUUUAAACGUAAACAAGAUCUUGAUCGUGAGAGAAAACGAGCAGAACAGGAUCGGGAGGAGAGAGUUUCAAGAGAUCGUGAGAAGAGAGUUUCAAGAGAUCGUGAGAGGAAACAAGCAGAACGGGAACUACGGGAGGAGAAACGACGGGAAAAGGAAAGAGAAGUUGAACUAAUUCACAAGAGGAUUCAAGAAGCAUCUGCUAGACGCCAGGAAAAGGAAGCUGCUGAAAUUAAGGCAGCUGCUAAACGUAAGGAGAAAGAAGCAGCAGAAGCUGCAGAGGAUGAAAUUCGUAAGAAAAUGCUGGAAGCACAGAAGAAGAUUGAAAUGGAAGAAAAAGUUAAAAGGCAAAAUGAUCUAAUGAACAAAGCAAAACGAAGAUUUGUUGAACUGCCGGCUAUCCAGCCAUCCUUGCCCCCUCCAGGUCCUGGAAUGCCUCCUGUUGGAGCUACACCUUUUAGAUCCGGACCCAGUGUUCCUCCACCACCUCCAACUCUAAAGCAAAUAUUGUCAGUGCAGCCUGUGCCUCACAGAGACACAUUGCUGCAGGUCAAUUCAAUGAUUAAUGAGCUUCAGGCCGGAGUCAGGGGGCUCAAGCCUGGAUCCAGAGCAAGAAGUAAGUCCAAGACAGCUGAAAGGCAAGAUUUAAUAUCUAGAGAUAGAUCUUCUCAAGCAAGGACAACUUCUGUUAGAAGAUCAAGAUCUCCAGUAAGAAGAUCUAGGUCUCCAGCAAGAAGAAGAUCAAGGUCUCCAGGAAGAAGAAGAUCAAGGUCUCCAAUAAGAAGGAGAUCAAGGUCUCCAAUAAGAAGGAGAUCAAGGUCUCCAGUAAGAAGAAGAUCAAGGUCUCCAGUAAGAAGGAGAUCAAGAUCUCCAGUUAGAAGGAGAUCAAGGUCUUCAGCAAGGAGAAGGUCAAAUUCACGAGUGAGAAGAAGAUCAAGAACUAGGUCACCAGCACGUAGAACUAGAUCUCCAGCCAGAAGAAGAUCUAGGUCAAGAUCAAGGUCUCAGCAAAGGACUAGAAGAACAAGAAGUAGAUCAAGAUCCAAUUCUAACAGGAGAGGUAGAACACCUGUUGACUCCCGGUCUAGAAAAACUAGAACAAGAACAAGAUCAAGAUCAAGAAACAUUGACUCCAUCUUGAAACAUCUCGAUCCCAACAUUCCUUGUUUCCUUCAGCACCCAGCAGACAGGAUGGUUGGAGAUAAAUCAAGGAAAGGGAAGAGGAAAAGAGAUGAUGGAGACACAGAUACACACAAGGUUCGUGAGGAAUCCCUAGAAAUUCUGAAAAAGAUGGGUAUGACAGGGAAGGGUCCUGAUACCAACAACAACCUCAUUCUUGCACUGGAGGUUGAAAUUCUCUGGGAUGAAGAGUAUAAACAAUUUACUCAGCUGGGAGCAGCCAUAACUGAUGGUAAGCAGGCAUCCUUCUUCAGAUCAAUUAUUCCCAGGUAUAUGGAGGGAUACAACAAAAAUCUAAUCCUGAAGAACCAGAACAAUCUUCUGUCAAGUCUGGGAAUGAAGUAUGAUGAGGAGUUGAAAAGAUAUCUGUUUACGCACAAGAAAAAGGGAGAAGAUGUUGAACCUGUAACUGAGGAGAAAGCACUUACUGAUAUUCUUGGAUUUAUCCGUAGUUACUGCAGAGAAACUAAAUGUGUUGUUUUCAUGCACUCAAUGGAAACGUUUCUUCCUCUUCUUUUGGCUAAGUUAAACUUCUACAAGUUAUCAGAAGAUUUUGAAGAGAAAAUAAGUGGAUUUUGUGAUUUCUCCACACUGAUGUCACGGCUUAAUCUGAGUGUGGUUUGUAAGAAUGCUAAGUUUCAGGAUCUGAUGGAUGUUUACAAACAGGUUAUUGGAAAAGCAUGGCCUAAAGAGGUAUCACAUAAGGAUGGAAUUGCGUCUCUAAGUGAUAAUUGCGUCAAGAAACUUAUUUCAGAGAUCAGUGUGUACCUUGAGAAAAACAAUCUCACACUGCUAAAGGAAGAAUUCUUUCAGGCUUGUGGAUUUAAAGAGUUCUCUGUUGUUAGAAAAGAAUUGGACUCAGAGAAACUGAAAGAUCAGUGUUCCCAGAAUGUAACAGGAGAAAAUACUAAAUCUGUAGAGCUCCUACCCAGUGAUAGACCUGGAGAAGUAACAAUUGUAACCUUGAAGAGGUUUGAGUGUAUUGAUGUAAUGGACCUGGAUGAGGUGGAGGAAGAGGGAAUUGAAGAGGAUCAGUAUUUUCAAUCGGAAACAGUAUCUGCUAGUCUUGUUGAAGAUGUUACUAUUAAACCUGGGUUUGUUGCUACUGUUGCCAUGAACAUAGGAGAAUUUGAUGAAAACCUUAAAUAUGGAAAUUAUGUCCUAGUUGCUAAAAAUGCUUCAUUUGCUGAUGCAUCUUACUGCAAGGACAAUGAGGGAGAAGAGGAACGAUUUAAGAAUGCAGCAAAGUGUGAAAUAUCUCGCCAGAUAGUCAGCCUAAUUGAUCCUGAAACAGAAGGAGAAACCUCUGAAACCAAGAAACAUUCCAAAAUACAAGUCAAGGUAUUGAAUCCUCUUGACAUUGAUGUGAUGUUGAAGUGUGGAGACCUUGUAGCAGUUGUUAGGAUGGAAAAACCUGAGGAUCCUGACAACCCUGAUUUCAGAUCUUACACAGUUGUCAAGAAUGAGAAGGAUAUUGAAAAUGCCAAGAGGCAAGAUGAUCUAGUCCGCAGUAAGAGUGAAGAUAGAACCUUCAAGUCAAAGAAGAUAAAAAGGAAACAUUCUAAAAAGAAAAAAGAUGGAAACAAAAAGAAAAAAGAAACAAAAACUCCUGGAGAUCUUAGUUUUGACUUUGAUGCACUUGAUUUUGAGUUGGAAGAUAUUGAUGAAGAGAGUGAAAUAGAAGAAGAAGAAAAUAAUGAUAUGGCUCCAAUGACACCUUCUCAGAUGAGUGAGGUUUCACUUUCAGACAUGUCAGGUACUGAAGAAACUGGAGAAAACAACAAACCUACAGAAAAGAUAAAUGGUUCUGAAACAUCAGAGCUGAAAAAUACAGAAAGGAUGAAUGGUUCUAAAACUUCUAAGCAGAAAUCUAAUACAGAACCUUCAAAGGAAAUUGAAAAGGAUAAAAUCAGUGAGACUGCUGUUGUAGAGGAACCAAUACUACCAGAAAACAUAAACCUUGACCAAACUGAUUUUUAUGAUACCCCAUUUUAUGGUUUAUUGAAUCAGAUCGGGGGUGGUAUUAACUUACCAGCAGGAGCACAGUCGAUGUGUGUAAUCAAAUUAAAACCUUUUAAAGGGUUCAGUUCUUAUCACAUGAUUGGAAGAAAAUGCUGCAUUUCUUUAAAUGAGGAUUAUACUGCGCCUAGUAAUCUGAAUAAGUGGAAAACUAAAAACUUCAACAUCUUACCCAGGGUUGCAACAGUUUUUAAAUCAUCAGAAAACUUUGCCAUUGUUAAUGCUUUUGUUCAAAACGUUACUGAUAAACCUGUAUUCUAUCCAAAUGAGAUUGCCUUGGCCACUGUUAGAUUUAUAUCUCCAACUCCACGGAAUUCUGCAGAUGUUGGCCUGUUAAAUCUCCCACAUGUACAGGAGGAUACAGGUGCCGACGUUGCUCCUCCUGGUGAAGAAAUAGUUAACCUACCUACUCCUGUUCCUGUCAUAAAAACCAUUCCCAGCACCUUUAACACAGAUUCUGAGCCUCCACCUCCAGGAGAAGUUGAUCUUGAACUCAAUAGCCCAGCCAAAAAAAGUUAUGUUCAGCAACCUGAAGCUGAACCUGAGGAACUGCCUCUUGUUCCAACCCAAGAUGAGAUAUUUAAACUCACUGUAAAGACUUUAAAAUCUAUUCUAACAGAUAAUAAUCUCAACACCAGUGGACUCAAGAUGGAUUUGGUGAAGAGAGUUGAAGAAUACUACACCAUGAAUCCUAAACUGAUUGAUAGAAAUAUUUUUCAGUCUGCUCUAACUGAAAAGAUCCAAGUUCAGGCUUUGUCAACCCCUAAAGGAGAAGCUUCAAAUGUUAAUGAAGAACUUGAGAAUUUUGAAGGAUCUCCAAGCAGCGUUUAUUUCAAAGAACCAGUUCCCAAUUUCCCUGCCCCACAUGCUUCAACUGUACAUAUCUCUAAACCUGCAGUGUUGAAUACUAUACCUGAAGCUGCAGGUCCAAAGCCUGCUGAUCCCAUUUCUAAACCAGAAUCUACAGAACCAUUUAAAACUGAGUUUUCUGAUAAGCUGGCCAACAAGAAGGCAGAAAGUAAGGCCUUUGAUAGUCUUGAAAUUAGUUUCCAUGACAAGUGGCAUUUUAUUGAUUUAAAGUCUGCAGUUACAGUUGAGAAACUGGGAGAAACUCUCCUGACAGUUCGUCUCAGUGAGAUUGAGAUCUUUAUGAAUGACCUUGUGGAUAGAAAGGUGUUGGUUCGACGAGAUAAUCCCUCUCCAAAAAUUAAACGUCAAAUCUGCAAGCUGAACAUAGAAGGUCGAAGUCCUGUUGUUGAGAUCAUUAUAGAUUCCGACACUAAAGACAUAUCAGCUCAGGAGAAGUUUUUCAAGUUGAAAAUUGAAAAGUUUGAGAUGGAUGUUCCCGAUCAAUUCUUUCUCCCGCACAAUGAUGUAUUUGAUGAUGUAUCUAAAGAUAUUUUUGAUAUGAACGCUCCUGCUGUAGCCACUACUCUAGUUGAUGUUGUUCUACCCCCUAAAGCAUUUCACACGGAGAUUUGUCAUGUUAAUCUGAAACCCGAGGACAUGGAGAUCAUUGGGACGAAGAAUGUCAUCCUCGAGCGGACCUCGGACCACGGGAUGAAUAUUGGGAUGAGAAAGAUGAUCCUUGUUCCGAAAAUCUUGAGCGUGGUCAAGGUGGAGAACGGCGAGGCCAAGGUGGAGGUGAAGAUCUACAACGCCUCUAGACAAAGGCUGAGGAUAUCCAAGAAGACCAAUAUUGCGAAGGUGUUCCUCUGUAGAAAUACUAACCUCACCAAAAAGAUUGAUAUGAAGAGACCAGACAAGGAGGAUAAAUUGUUGCAAGAUUUCCCAGCCAUAUUCAGUCCCAUGCAGACCACGGAGAUCUCCGAGAUGAAUAGUGAGCAGAUCUACGAGGUGAAUAUGGAGCAGAUCUCAAAUUUGAAUAUGAAGCAGAUCUCAGAUAUUGAUGCAGAGCAAAGAACAGAGACGACUGAGGAAGCACUCUCAGGAAUGGUUACAACGCAGAGUCAAGGCAAGAUGAAUCAAGAGCUAAGCACCGGUCAACCUAAUCCUAGACGGCCGAGGAAGAGACGAGGGUUUAAAAGGAAGAUGCUUAAAGCAAAGAAAAUUUUGACACAAAUCAUUGAUGAAACUAACUCUGAUCCGAAUGGAGCAGAAUUGAAUAUUGAAAAGAUUUCAGAGAUUCUUCAGAAGCAAAUUCCCUCAUUUAAUGAGGAUGAGAUUUCUAAAAUUAUUAGAAAGUUUAUCAAAGAGAAGAAUAAGGAGCAGAUCUCCGACAUUAAGAGGGAGCAGAUCUCAGAGAUGAAUACUGAGCAGAUCUCAGAGAUGAAUUGGGAGCAGAUCUCAGAGAUGCAUGGAGAGCAGGUCACAGAGAUGGAUAUGGAGCAGAUCAAUAAGACCAAUGGUGUGCAGACUUCAGAGAUGAAUAGGGAGCAAAUAUCAGAAAUGAACAUUGAGCAGAUCUCACAGAUGAAUAGGGAGCAGAUCUCAGAAAUGAAUAUGGAGCAGAUCUCAGAGAUGAAUAGGGAGCAGACCACAAAGAUAAAUGGGGAGCAGGUCACAGAGAUGAAUAUGGAGCAGAUCAAAGAGACCUAUGGGGAGCAGACCCCAGAGAUGAAUUGGGAGCAUAUUUCGGAGAUAAAUAGUGAGCAGAUCUCAGAGAAGAAUAUGAAGCAGAUCUUAGAUGUUGAGGCAGAGCAAAGUACAGAGACGACUGCGGAAGCAUUUUUAGGAAUGGUUACAAUGCAGAGUCAAGGCAAGAUGAAUCAAGAGCUAAGCACCGGUCAACCUAUUCCUAGACGGCCGAGGAAGAGACGAGGGUUUAAAAGGAAGAUGCUUAAAGCAAAGAAAAUUUUGACACAAAUCAUUGAUGAAACUAACUCGGAUCAGAUUGGAGCAGAAUUGAAUAUUGAAAAGAUUUCAGAGAUUCUUCUGCAGGAAAUUCCCUCACUUAAUGAGGAUGAGAUUUCUACAAUUAUUGGUGAGUUUAUCAAAGAACAGAAUAAGGAGAAGAUAUCCAACAUUAAUGAGGAGCAGAUCUCAGAGAUGAAUAUGGAGCAGAUCUCAGAGAUGAAUAUGGAGCAGAUCCGAGAGAUAUAUGGGGAGCAGGUCACAGAGAUGAAUAUGGAGCAGAUGAAAGAGACUAAUGGGGAUCGGACCUCAGAGAUGAAUAUGGAGCAGAUCUCAGAGAUGAAUAGGGAGCAGAUCUCAGUAAUGAAUAUGGAGCAGAUCUUAGAGUUGAAUAGGGAGCAGAUCUCAGAGUUGAAAAAGGAGGAGAUCUUUGAGUUGAAUAAGGAGCAGAUCUCAGAGAUAAAUAGGGAGCAGAUAUCAGAGAUGAAUAUAGAGCAGAUCCCAUUGUUGACUAUGGAAAAGAUAUUAGAGACGAAUAGGGAGGCGACCUCAGAGAUGAGUGGGGAGCUGAUGUCGGCCAUUAAUAGGGAGCAGAUCUCAGAGAUGGAUAUAGAGCAGAUCCCGGAGUUGAAUAGGGAGCAGAUCUCAGAGAUGAAUAGGGAGCAGACCACAGAGAUAAAUAUGGAGCAGAGCUCAAAGAUUGAUGCAGAACAAAGUACUGAAACGACUGAGGAAGCAUUCUCAGAAAUGGAUACAACGCAAAGUCCGGGCAAGAUAAUUCAAGAGUUAGGCACAAGUCAUCCUAGAACAAGACGGCCAAGAAAGAGACGACGACGAAGAAAAAAGAAGAGGCAAAUCUCAGAGAUGAAUGGUGAGCAGAUCUCAGAGUUGAAUGGGGAGCAAAUCCCAGAAACGAAAAGGGAGGAGAUAUCAGAGAUUAAUGGGGAGCAGAUCUCAGAAAUGAAAAGGGGGCAGAUAUCAGAGCAGAACUAAGAAAUGACCCAAGACGUUAAUCUUAAAUACCAUUCAUAGACGGCCAAACUCAGAAAACCAAAUAUUUGUUCAGAUCGAUCCUUAAAUGGGAAAUAUUUUUGUGAUUACUAAUUAAUUUGAAAUGCUACCAUUCAAAAUAU